AUGAUCCAGCUCAAGACAAUGCUGAAUUGCAUCGACAAUUCGGGAGCUACGAUUGUCGAAUGUAUAGCAAAUUUGCGAAUGAAGAGGCAUGGGAGAAUAGGCGAUCGUAUUAUAGUCGUCGUACAGAAGUCCCGCUCGAUGGGCGACAGCGGCCCCGGCAACACAUCUGCUGCUGCGGCAAACAAAGUGAGAAGAGGAGACAUCAGGCACGCCAUUAUUGUACGGACUGCGAAGAAGGUACAGCGAAAGGAUGGAAUGGUGGUUAGAUUCGAUGACAACGCAUGUGCACUGAUUGGGAAGAAUGGGGAGCCACUUGGCACGAGAAUAAAUGGCAUCGUUGGUGCUGAGUUACGGAGCAAGCAACAGUCGAAACUUUUGUCACUAGCAUCAAUGCAUGUCUAG